AUGCCUGACACUCUGACUCCUGAAGUGACGUGGGCCCAGCGCUCCUCGAGCACGGAGCCUGAGCGCAACUACCUCUAUGUCAACCUCAAGACCCCCGAUGUUGCCAAGUCGGAAGCCAACCUGAACCUCACCUCGAACAAUGUGUCUUUCAGCGGUCCUUCCAAGAAGGGCGUAAGCUACAGCGUCUCGUUGGAUCUCUACGGCGAGAUCGACCCCGAAAACAGCAAAGUCAACCACUCUGACCGUGAGGUCGAGCUGGUUCUGCGGAAGAAGGAGCUCAAGGAGGAGUACUGGCCUCGUCUUCUGAAGACUGACAAGAAGAUGCACUUCCUGAAGACCGAUUUCGACAAGUGGGUGGACGAGGACGAGCAGGAUGAGGCAGGCGAUGAUGACUACGCGAACAACUUCGGUGGACUCGGCGGCGAAGAAGGUGGUGGCCUGGGUAACAUCGAUUUCUCCAAGCUCGGCGGUAUGCCCGGCAUGGGCGGCGGCGGUGGCAUGCCCGACCUCAGCGCUCUGGCUGGAGGUGCUGGAGGUGCUGAGGGUGCUGAGGGCGAGGGUGAGGAAGAUGACGAUCUCCCCGAGCUCGAGGAGGCCGACGAACAAAAGUCUUCCAAGAUUCAGGAAGUCUCCUAA